AUGGCUUCAAGAAAAAGAAGCAGUAUCUGGAUUCAUUUUGAUGAGGUUGGUCCACAGAAGGUAAAAUGCAAGCUCUGCAACAAUAUUUUGUCAGGCCAAGGAGGAACAACUUCAAAUUUCUGGCGACAUCUGCAAAGCAAACAUCCUACUGCAUUGCUUAUGCAAGUAAGACAAGAGGAUUCAGCAGAAACCACACAAGCAUCAACCUCAGGUGGCACCAUCAUCAGCACCCCAUCCCCGACCCCUACAACUGAAGCAUCUACAACAUCUAGGAGUGGCAUCAAUGUACAAAGGCCUAGGCAAGGCCAAAUUACUAGGCAUGUGAGACCACCAAUUAGCCCCAUCAGGCAGAGAAAAGUCGAUGAGGAGUUAACUAAAAUGGUUGCUCUAGAUUUGAGACCCUUUUCAAUUGUUAAUGACAAGGGAUUUUGGAAUUUCGUAAAGGCAAUUGAUCCAUCGUACAUUUUCCCAAAUAGAAAGACACUAUCAGCAACUUUAUUGCUACAGCUAUAUGACAAAAUUAAGGCAGAACUGAUGGUUAAAGUAAGUAAUGCCUCUGCUGUGUGUCUGACAACUGACUGCUGGACAUCACGGACUGCUACUAGUUAUAUGGCAGUGACUUGCCAUUAUAUAGAUGAUAAUUUUAAACUGUUAUCAUCUCUGCUGGACUGUUUUUCAUUUACAGACAGGCACACAGCUGACAACAUGGCAGCUGAACUUAAAAACAUUUGUGAAGAGUGGGGCAUCACAAACAAAGUUGUUGCUUGUGUCUCUGACAAUGCAAGUAAUAUAAAAGCAGCUAUCCGGCAGGCUGGAUGGAAUCACGUGGCCUGCUUUGCCCACACUUUGAACUUAAUUGUCAGUGAAAGCUUAAAGCAUAUUCAGGAGACAGUGACAAAGGUGAAGAGUGUUGUAGAGUCUGUGAACAGAAGCACUGUUGCAACUGAGAGACUAAAAGCCACACAAAAACAAAUGGGCCUUGAAGAACUGAAGCUAAAGCAAGACGUUGUAACAAGGUGGAAUUCUACAUAUUACAUGCUGAAUAGAUUUUCGGAUCAGAAAGAAGCCAUUAUUGGCACACCUGCAUUAGUCAACCCCAGCCUUCCAACCCUGACACUUGAUGAGUGGGAAAUAAUAAAAGAAGCCUGUGAAAUACUAAAGCCCUUUGAAGAGGUCACUGUUGAAAUCAGCGCAGACAGAUAUGUGACUGCAUCAAAAGUCAUUUUAAUCGUAAGGGGGCUGCAAAAAGUUGUUCAGCGAUCACGGGCCGCUGUGUCCACUCAUGGCCCAGUUAUCGCAAUGGUGGAGGCCUUUAAAGAACAAAUGCAAAGACGCUUCCACCAAAUUGAACACUUCCGUCUGCUGGCUGAGGCAACCCUGCUGGACCCUAGAUUUAAGCAAAGGGCUUUCCACGAUGGAGCAGCAGCAGAUGAAGCGGCAAAAAAUAUAACUACAGCUGCUGCAAGACUAUCGGAUAUUACCCAAGGGGGUCAACCUCAAGCUGGCCCUGCUGAUGCCCCACCCCCUCCUCCAUCACAACAGUCUUCUUUCUGGGAAGACUUUGAUGAGAGAGUGGCUGAUGCAGUCCCCCUCUGCAACCCUACUUGCACUGCAAUGUCAGAAAUGAGACGCUAUCUUGCCGACUCCUUGAUUCCAAGGUCUGAAGACCCAUUGGCUUGGUGGAAAUCAAGGCAGGGGAUCUAUGAAGGACUAACUGCUAUUAUGAAAAGGAGACUUUGUAUAGUAGCUACCUCUGUACCUGCAGAAAGGAUUUUUUCAAAAACUGGGCAAAUCAUUUCAGAAAGGAGGAACAGGCUGAGUCCAAAUAAAGUUAGACAGCUCAUUUUUCUAAAUGCAAAUAUCACCUCUCCUGAAGAAAAAUCAACAUAG